UCUUGUCAAAACUGCAGUGGCUGAACAAGUGGAGACUAAGAGAUAAAAUAUGAGAAACAGAAGUAAUUCUGGAGUGCGUCUUGAUUACUAUCAGCGCCUGGUUUACAAAACUAUUCUUAAACAUCAGGACCCUGUAACUGGGCUGUUUGGUGGUACUGUGACACACAACCAUGCUUGGGUGAGGGAUAAUGUCUACUCUAUCAUGGCAGUGUGGGGUCUGGCCCAGGCCUACAAGAAGAAUGCUGACCUGGAUGAGGAUAGAGCAAAGACAUAUGAAUUGGAACAGGCUGUUGUGAAGUUGAUGAGAGGCCUUUUACGGUGUAUGAUGAUGCAAGUGGACAAGUUGGAGAAGUUCAAAUACACACAGAGCCCUAAAGAUGCACUACAUGCAAAGUACAGCAGUAAGACUGGCAAGCCUGUGGUUGGAGAUGAUGAAUGGGGUCACCUACAAAUAGAUGCCACAUCUCUAUACAUCCUCACUCUAGCUCAAAUGACUGCCUCAGGUCUUCAGAUUGUCUAUACUUUGGAUGAGGUUGCCUACAUCCAGAAUUUAGUUUUCUACAUAGAAUCUGCCUACAGAACUCCUGAUUAUGGUAUUUGGGAAAGGGGUGAUAAAACCAACCAUGGCCUCCCAGAGCUCAACUCUAGUUCAAUUGGUAUGGCAAAGGCAGCCUUGGAGGCCAUUAACGAGUUGGAUUUAUUUGGAGCUCGGGGUGGUCCCACUUCCAUCAUCCAUGUUUUACCUGAUGAAGCUCAGCAGUGUCAGGCUAUUUUACAUUCAAUGCUGCCUAAAGAAUCGAAUUCAAAGGAAAUAGACGCUGCCUUGAUUACAGUGAUUAGUUACCCGGCCUUUGCUGUGGAUGAUGUACGAUUGAUCAAUGAGACUAGACAACAAAUACAACAACAACUGGAGGGAAAGUAUGGAUUUUGUCGGUUUUUGAGAGAUGGAUACAAAACAGCCAAAGAGGAUCCUUCUCGACUUUACUAUGAGCCCUGGGAGCUACAGAUGUUUGAGAAGAUUGAAUGCCAGUGGCCUAUGUUCUUUGCCUACUUUUUAUUGGAUGCUCUGUUUAAUGGUAAUGAAGAACAGAUAAUAAAAUACAAGGACUUAUUGGAUAGUGUCCUAAAGAAGAGAGCUGACGGUGUUCUCAUGAUGCCAGAGUUGUACACAGUACCAGCUGAUAAGGUGGAUGAGGAAUACAGGAAUCCUAACAGCCAGACGCGCAUAGCCAUUGGGAAAUUACCUCAGAUGUGGGGGGAAUCUAUGUUGAUUCUCAGUCGACUCAUAUUGGAG